AUGGAGCCAGCUCCUGAGGAGGCCGGACCGGCAGCUGAGCGGCAGCUGCAGCCGCAGCUCUCCUCCCCAUCCCGAACGCGAUCCCGAACAUCCUCCCAAUCCAAAUCCCAAUCCAAAUCCCAACCUCCAGAUCUCCAACCCGUCCCCGCACUCGGACCGGACACCAUUUCGAUCUCCUCAAUCCAGAGUGAUACCACACCAAACACCCACAAUGAUCCUCCUUAUCCGGAUCCGGAUCCAAACCCAGAGAGCGCCGCAUCCUCUACUCGUUCCCGCCCCGUGUCGGGCGUAGUACCGCCAUACUGGUGCCGACAUGAGCGCAAUGCCUCACAUGUCUCGCAGUCAUCUCUAAGCCGUGGUGCCCCGAUUACUCUCGAGGACCAUGCCGCAGACCCGAACUCGGAGACGAGUCGGGGGCUUUGGGCACGCAGCGUUUCUAUUGAUGAUCAUGUCGUUGUGCAGGGCAUGACUGGGGUGGGAUCGUAUGUUGUUUGGAAUUGUACGAUCUAUACACUUGAUGGUGCUCCAAUCGUUGCUCGCAUGAGAUACUCCGAGUUCGAUGAUUUGCGCCAGCGGCUAGUUGCUUCAUUCCCGCAUGCUCGAAACGCAUUACCCGCGCUACCCCCGAAGAGCGUUCUCUUCAAAUUCCGCCCCAAAUUCUUGGAAUCACGGCGUGUUGGCCUGGAAUAUUUCCUCAACUGUGUCCUUCUCAACCCGGAAUUCUCAGGCUCCCCAAUCGUCAAAGACUUCCUCUUUGGCCGUAUUUGUUAA